AUGGAGCUGAGUGCUUUGGCUCGCCCGAAGGCAGAGGGCGCUGGAGAGAUCAUAACGGUCCACAGGAAAACCCAGUACCCGAAGGUGUUUCCAACUGGCAUAACGAAGUUGGGCAGUCCCCGAAAAAAGGGGCGACACAAGCCUCGGGCCCCCAAGAAACCCCGAGUGGUCAAAGAGAAGAGCCAGGAUGGGGAGCCUUGCGGCCUGGGCUGUCUUGUGUUUCCCUGCUUUCAGCGUUUUAACAGCAUUGGUUGCUUCAUGGUUGUCUACUGUAUCCUUGUGGUGGCUCAAGGUAUUGUAUUUGGUCUCGUAGAUCUGAGCAGUAGCAACUUUGAGAGGAAUUAUAAACUGAGCACUUUUGAGUGGAUCGCAUUGAUAUCCAGCUAUGAUGUAUCAUCUUGCCUGGUAGCAAUAUUAAUAUCCUACUAUGGAGGGAAAGGGGACAGAAAGAAAUGGACUGCAUUUUCCUCCUUCUGGGUUGGAUUUGGAUCAAUUAUACUUGGUCUUCCACACUUACGUGGUGAAAAUAAUAAAUCGAAGCUAGAAGUUGAAGAUAUUUGUGACAUGAAGAAGGUCAUUGACACCUGCCCCAGAAGUGUCUCGUUUUUUCAAUCAAGAUACGUGUCUUUAUUCAUCAUCGGGCAAAGCAUCCAGGGGAUUGCAGCAAUGCCUCUGUACAUCCUUGCAGUAACCUUUCUUUAUGACAGUGUCUCCCUGCACUCAUCUGGUAUCUAUUUAGGUUUCGGGGGCGCUGCUCUAAUAUUAGGAUAUGCCUGUGGUGUUGCAAUGGGAGCCCCAUUAGUUAAGACUGCUGAGAAUACUACUUUUGGCAGGCGCAUUAGCGACGGUGGUGAUAGUCAACGGUUGCCGUGGAAUUGGUGGAGUAGUUUUCUUUUCGCCUCUCUACUUGCAUGGUCUACGUUAAUACCAUUGUUGUGCUUCCCACGUAAUAUAGCAGGCACAGCCAAAGAAAAAACUGAAAACCAUGAACAGUCUUAUAUACUUGACAAUCUUGAAGAUCAGGAAUUUGGAACUAGUAUCAAGGAUUUGUGUGCUGCUCUUUGGAUUCUGAUGAAGAAUCGAGUAUUCAUUUUUCUAUGUCUGUCUAAAGCAUCCGAAUCUUUAGUUUCUAUUGGGGCAUCUGUAUUUGUACCUAUAUAUCUAGAACAUCAAUUUGUAUUAACACCCAACACGGCAAAUAUGAUUGCAGGAUUUAUUUUGCUUCCAGGAGGUGCUCUUGGUCAACUCCUUGGAGGUGUUAUUGCUUCCAAGUUGGAAAUGUCCUGCAAAGCCCUGAUGAGAUUUGUGAUGGUCACAUCUUCUGUAUCGAUCGUAACGCUUGUGGUUUUAACCUUUAUACACUGUGAUCCAGUGAAGUUUGCAGGAAUCAAUGAAGAUUAUGAUGGAACGGGGAAGUUGGGCGACCUCAGAGCGCCUUGCAACAGUCACUGUAAAUGCUCAACUGCACUUUACCACUCCGUGUGUGGAAGGGAUAAUGUGGAAUAUUUUUCUCCCUGCUUCGCAGGUUGCACAACUUCUAAAUACUUAAAGAAAAAAAAAACAUACUACAAUUGUUCUUGCAUUAAGGAGGGGUUAACGAACCCAGAUCAGGAAGGUGAUUUUAUUGAUGCCGUACCUGGGAAAUGUGAUGUGAACUGCUAUAAAUUACCUUUAUUCAUUGCACUGUUGUUUUCUUCAAUUAUAUUUUCUUGGUGUGCUGGUAUACCAGGAACGUUAUGCAUCUUCCGUGUUGUUCCUGAAAAACUAUGUUCUCUGGCCCUGGGAGUGAGCUAUACGGUUCGGCGAAUACUUGGGAGUAUUCCUGGACCACUAGUUUUUAAAAUAACAGGAGGUAUUUCAUGUACGUUUCGGGAUACGGAACACUGUAAAGGCAUAGGACAUUGCUGGAUGUAUGACAAAACGGAAAUGGCCUUUCAAUUUAUAGGAAUAAGUUUUAUUUGUAAAUUAUUCACUAUAUUCUUCACUGCUGUUGCGUUUUAUGGAUAUAAAAAUGUUACAAAGGAAAGCACGGAGACCUUGAUUUUGCCAGUGAGGAACAUACAAGUUCAAAACCAGGAAAAAACUGAUUUAUAACUGGAUCAUCAUCAUAGUCACAGAGCACUCAGGAUCAGACAUUCUAGAGUCUGUGUUUGGAGAACCCACGUGAUUUGCUGUGCCCACAUUCAGAGGAGGAUAAUGAGCACGUGUUGUUUACCUGUAUCGCAGAAGUUGAUUUUUGGCAAUCUGGAUUUUCACAAUAAAAUCUUCUUUUAAAA